AACUGCGUCCCCAGGCUUGCCCUCCCAGACUCUGCCUGGGUGCAUCUGCUAAAGCACCCAAGGCCUUUAGCUGUGGUUCUCCAACUCCUUGUGGCUUGACCUUAGCCAGCAUGGUCCAACCUCAGACCUCCAAAACCGAAAACCCAGCCUCUGCCCCUGGUGCCAGUGCGCAGAUGGAUGACGUGGUUGAUACCCUGACCUCCCUGCGCCUCACCAACUCUGCCUUGAGGCGUGAGGCCUCUACGUUGAGGGCUGAGAAGGCCAACCUCACCAACAUGCUGGAGAGCGUAAUGGCUGAACUUACUCUGCUGCGCACCCGGGCGCGCAUCCCCGGCGCUCUGCAGAUCACUCCGCCUAUCUCUGCCAUCACCUCCAAUGGGACCCGACCCAUGACCACGCCGCCCACCUCACUGCCUGAACCCUUCUCAGGAGACCCCGGCCAGUUGGCAGGAUUCCUGAUGCAGAUGGACAGGUUCAUGAUCUUUCAAGCCUCUCGUUUCCCGGGCGAAGCCGAGAGAGUGGCCUUCUUGGUGUCCCGACUGACUGGAGAGGCAGAGAAGUGGGCCAUUCCCCACAUGCAACCAGACAGCCCUUUGCGAAACAACUACCAGGGCUUUCUGGCUGAGCUGCGUAGAACCUACAAGUCCCCGCUGAGGCACUCACGGCGCGCACAAAUCCGGAAGACUUCUGCGUCCAAUAGGGCGGUGCGGGAGCGGCAGAUGUUGUGCCGCCAACUGGCCACAGCUGGCACAGGACCUUGUCCAGUGCACCCAGCCUCCAGCGGGACCAGUCCCACACCAGCCUUGCCCACUCGCAGCCGGAACCUUUAGGGACCUGCCACCCCCUGGUGGUCUGUGGCCCAGGUAGCUAGACUCAGUUGUUGAGAAGACUUGUCAACACAGCAACAUUGCCCAGUUUGAGACACCCUUCACACCUCUCCUGGUCUAUGGGAGGCCAUCCUGCCAUCUGCAUUGGUCACCCCCCUGCUGUGCCGUGUUUUGCUAGCUCUAUCUGCAGCUCAGUGCAUGUUCCCUGUUCUGUUGAUUGCAAUCCCAGCUUCUCUAGUGAUUACAACACAGCCCCUUGGACAUGUGCCUGCCUAGGAACCAUUUAGGCUGCCCACCUCUCCCAGCGACUCGUUUGUGGAAACCCAGCUUCUGGUGCACCCCCUACGAGCCCAUUGGCAGUUCUUUUCCUGACCACUCUUGUCUCUGCUGAUGAGUUCU